AUGUCUUCUUUGCUCAAUCUCGUUGCGAGAUUUAAUCUCCUUGCCGUACAUACUCUCCGAUCAAAACUCCUUUCCCUAACUUUGCUACGAAGCAGAAAAAAAAUCAGUGUCUACAACCCCCAUCCUCUAUAUACAACUUCCCUCCCUUUGCAUCUAUCUAAGUUUAAAAUACGAAAUAUUGGUCUCCUGAGAGCGAGUUUCGCACCGGCUUCAAAUGAAUACGUUGCCAUUCCUCUAACUGAAGUCACCAACUUUCCGCAACACUAUGUUCUUCUGCACAUCAAUGAUACAUAUGCAAGAUUUGAUGUUCACAAAUUUGAAUGCAUCUCGGAUCCUAGGUUCUAA